AUGACUUCAGGGCAUCCAAUUAAAAAUAUUCAUUCGAAAAUUGUACUCGAUUAUUCAUUUUGUAAUUCGAGCAAUGCAUGGAAUUACGUUGGUAUUAUAACAAUCAUUCUUUUCAUAAUUACCUUGGUAUCGUAUUUAAAACAUCGACAACAACAACAAUCUUUGCGUCAUCAUAAAAAUAAUAAUUGGUUUUAUAUUUGUGUCUUAAUUUUUCUUGCACUCGUCUUUGUUGUACCAUGUAUGUGUUGGUUAUUAACAUUAGUUGAAGUUUUAGUUACAUUUAUAAGCUAUGGCCAUAUUUCAGCAUCCCCAUUACCAAUGCUUUCAUUACCUAUACGAAUUUUAGCAUUUAUCUAUACGAAAAUCGUUUCAGCUAUCAACAUAUAUUUAACAGCACCAGGAACAUUUAUUUUUCUUCUAUUCUUUAUUACACUAACAUGCAUUAAAUUUGUAAUUUUGAUAACAAUUCGUUUUGGUUUAGCAGGAUUUUUUCUUUGUUCAUGGGUUGGCUUAGCUAUGCCAUUGUAUGCUUUGAAUGAAGUUGGAAAUAUUGAUUCAUGGAUUGAUUUAGCAUUUAAUAGUCAAUUACCAUUGUUUAUUGUAUUUAAAUUUCUACCACUUCUUCUCGCUAUAAGAUCACCAAUUGUAUGGAUAUUUCUAUUCAUUCUAUUUCUUGUUGGAUGUUUUAUUAAGUUUGGUUUAACUCUAUUAUUUUUUUGUAAAUGUUUACUGAUUAUUGUUCUUAUACGUUUUACAUAUGUGAUAGGUAAAGGUUUUGUUCUAUUUGUUUUUGGUACAACGGUGGCACCCAACACUAGUAGAAAUAGUGAUGAUGUUCAAUGA